AUGAGCCAAGCAGCCCCUAUUCUCGCCAUCGCUAUGGUGGCGGCGGGCUACCUCUGCGUCCUCUGCGCCACCCCGCCCAACCUUUCCCCAGACCAGAAGGAUCGCCACCAAAAUGAUCGCUUAAGCGUUGUGUCAGGCAACUUCGCCCUCGUCGCGCGCCGGUUCACACUCGCCAUAGCCAUCUAUCACGCGUUGUUGGUAAUGACACCACACUACGCGGCAGGCCGAAUUGGACAAAUUUGCCCCAAUCCUCAAAACAUCAACCCUGAUGUGAUCACGUGGAGUGCUAUUCCUAUCGCAUCUCUUUUGUUGAUAUUCAUUGGCGCGUAUAUUCGUCUCUCGGCCUUUGGCGGGCUCGGGAAAUCCUUUACCUUCCACCUUGCCACACCGGAUCAUUUGGUGACGACCGGCGUAUACAACUGGGUUCAGCAUCCAAGCUACACAGGAGCCGGCAUGGUUCUCACUGGGGUGGUAAUAUUGUUCUUUAGGUGGGAUGCAGCGCCAGCUUGCUGGAUUGCUGAAUCGGCUGUUACUCAAUUGCAAGGAUGGGGGCUAAGCACUUCCCUGAUGCUAUUAGGCACAGGCUUCUGGGGAAUGGGAAUGAGAGUACUUGACGAGGAGAGUAUGCUAAAGCAAGCCUUUGGUCAGGAAUGGGAAGAUUGGCAUCGAUCAACAAAGAGGUUUGUCCCUGGCUUGUUUUGA